CUGUCCAGGAAGAGACACAUAGAGAGAAUGAUACAGAGAUGGGAGGGGGCAGAGAGAGAUUUUUAUUGGAAGCUGUUAAAGUGGUUGCUAUGAGACCUUCUCCAGAUACCGCAGGAACAGCCGUGAGUGUGAGGCUGAUAAAUCAUACCUCUUGUAUCAUACCUUUCUUUUUUUUUAUUUAUGCUGCUUUUAUAGUUGUUUAAGAUCAGAGCAAGCACUUGUCAGUUGCUUUUUCCUCCUUCUCACUCUCCUCUGGUCCCUUGUGCAAGAUGGAGCUAGAAAAUGAAAUGAUCAGCUCCUCCAGCAAUUCUUCAGCAGGCUCCCGGGAGUACAAGGUGGUGAUGCUGGGAGCAGGGGGAGUUGGCAAAAGCGCAAUGACAAUGCAGUUCAUAAGCCAUCGGUUCCCUGAUUACCAUGAUCCAACCAUAGAGGAUGCUUAUAAAACUCAAGUGCGAAUAGAUGACGAACCAGCUUACUUGGACAUUCUAGACACUGCUGGACAGGCAGAAUUCACAGCCAUGAGGGACCAAUAUAUGCGAGGUGGAGAGGGUUUCAUUAUCUGCUAUUCCAUCACAGACCGCCAAUCCUUUCAGGAAGCUGCAGAGUUUAAGGAGCUCAUUUAUCGUGUCCGGCACACUUAUGACAUCCCAUUGGUGCUGGUGGGAAACAAAAUAGAUCUUGAGGAGUUCAGGCAGCCUCUAGGGAGUGUGGACCAAUCUGCCUUCGAACUUCUCCCUCCAUGAGUCCUCUACAGCAGUCAGCAAGCCGUCUCACACUUCAGACAGGAUGUCCUCAGCUGACCUACAUUCUAGGCUAUUGUCUGUCGAAUUCCCUGCCAAUAGAGAUUAGAAUGAGGACACACUUCCAAUCUUUUCUCCAGCAAAAGCUUUCCUCUGGGCUCAAUCUACAAGGUAGGGCUGUGAUUUCCUCUGCUCACGUACACGUACUUGUGGUAGAUCGAUGAAUGCUGCGGCUGCCUGUGCUACUGUGCCUACGUUACUUAUACCCAUUCUAGGCCUCACCGGACUACUGCAAGUCUGGGUGUGGGAGCUGUGGAAUCACACCCCAGGCUUACGGCGUUGAUGUAGCCUUAGUAAUGAGGGUAUUAGAUGAGAGGCCUAUCAAUGUCCUUUCAGGAAGACAGAUGAGCACUGGAUAAUGUGGUGGUUUUUUGAGUAAAAUCUACAUUAUUGGUAUACAACAGAAAUAAAAGGUGUGGGGUUUUUUGUGUUUGUUUUUUUACAAGAUGGAAAUGUGCUUCUUUAGGUCCCAGUUCCAUAAGGCACCUAAGCCAAUCUCCAGCUUUAACCAUGUCAGUAGUCCAUUGGACUUCAGUGUGUUUACUCAUGUGCAUACGUUUUUGCAGGCUCAGGGCCUGAAUGAGCUUUCUGUUGAACACAGCUGGAUAAAAUGAGUAGCUGUGACUGUUCACAUGCUUAAAGUUAGGCACAUGCUUAAGUACCUUGCAGAAUUGGGGUCUUAAUUCUGUUCAUGGGGCUAUAUUAAAAAUGCUUAGACAGGAAUCAUUGCACCCACCAAUGAAGUGCAGCCACCUCUGGGAAGAAAUACAAUGGUUUAAUAGUACAAAGCAAUGUGACAAAACAGACUAUAACAAACUGUGAGAAAGAAAACUACCCAAUUAAAGCUACUGAGGGAAUGUUACAUAGGCAGAACGCAAUUGCCCAAAUUGGAAAUCGGCCCGGGUACCAAGACUAACACUAAGACUUUUUUCUGAGUAGCAGCCGUGUUAGUCUGUAUCCGCAAAAACAAAAGGAGGACUUGUGGCACCUUAGAGACUAACCAAUU